UUACCGAUAGCAAAUAGCUUUUUCCCUCAGCAAGCAGCACACAUCCAGUCAGAUACUCAUCACCGCGGGUAUUCUGGGGGUUUGAUCUGUCUAAAAUGCGCGUGACCAUCACCUCAUUACAGCCUCAGCAUUAAUCAAUAGACUCCAUCAACAUUUAAAAACGCUUUCAAUACUGAAACGUGUUUAUUUUGAAAUGCCUUUUCGCCAGGGCGUAAAAAUGGGAGUUGGCUUAUCACGUUCUCACGUUUGCGCUUCAACUCGCCCGUCCAUGUCAAGUUUGGGCAGGUAGAUGGGACACGCCCAGCCAGGUGAGUCAACCCGGAAGUAGCUACAAGGGCUAGCGAAAAUUACAAUAAUGCGCUUUUAAGCAACAUGAGAGCUGAGAAGUCUUGAUAACGCGUGGAAUAUUUAUUUGAUUGCUUCUUCGGAUGGUGGAUUAAACAAAAUGAUGUGGUUACUUUUUGGACUGCUCCUGGCUCUGACUGCAGAUACUCCAGAGGGAAAACCAUUAACUGUGACCACUAACGAUUACACCAAAGUGAUCAUAAGCAGACCAGCAGAGGGUCCUAACUGUUCUGUGUGUGUGGGUGAAGACUCCUCACAGGCUUGUGGUGCAAAACAAGUCAUCGCUGUAUCUCAGAGCACUCAGGUGAACUUCACCUGCAGCAGACCUCAGGACAUCUUCACUAUUGAGAUUAAUAGGGAAUUUGAUUGCUCGAGGACGUGCAGCUAUGAUUCCAUACAAGCAGACUGGUCCACCUUCCAAGAUUUCAACAGAACCUUUACAUGGGAUGUGAAAGUCGCAUCUUCCAAGUCAUUUCAGCUAGAGUUUCCAGCUCCGGGAAUGAGACAGAUCCAGUCAUCAGAACAAUGUCCUGGCAAACACGUUUACUCCCUCUUAAUGUAUUUACGGUCAGGGCCUGUGAACCUCGGCAAAUUCUGUCAAAAUGGUACAAUCACUCGCAUCCAGAUUGUUUGGAAAGGGCGCAUAACUCUGGACAUUCCCAGAGAAACAACCCUGAGCUCAUUUGCCAUCAAAUACUCGGAGGCUGUUGGUUCAGCGUUGGCUAUAGAUGCCGUCUUUCCUCGUGGCCAAUCGGACACAGACUUCCUCAGUGCCAGUGGCCUCCCUGCUGAUUACACAAUGACGUGGAACUUUGUGUUACCCCCCAAGCAUAACUUCACAGUUGAUUUUGUGAAAUACAACAUACCAGCAUGCCAAAGCAAAACAGUGAAAGUGAUCUACAAGCAGGCCAACAUGGCUGCAGUUGAAAAAACACUGUCUGAUAACCAGCCUACUAAUUAUCUAGGAAACUUCAACUUGUCUCUGAGUAACUGUGAUGUCAAGAGUGCUGGAGGUCCUGAUGGGCUCUUUCUCCACUUUAGGGUGUCUGUGUUCAGGGGUGGAUUUCCAGAUUUGUGCAUGGUGAAUCUUCAGAGUGAUAAAGGGCUGAGUCUUCAAAUAGUGAAGAAGAAUCAGGACUCUUUCUGUGAGUUUGGUGUUAAUGCAGUGGUGCAGGAGAAGAUUGAGGUGCCAGCAAACUCCAAAGCCAGCCUGUCCUUCCUGGACUGCCCUAAGGACAGUCUUAUUCUCACAGCCACUAAGACCAUUGAGUGCAGGAGUUUGUCCUCGUGUCCAGAAGCUGGGACUCUUCUCACCAUGCCUGUGUUGGAUUCGUGCCUGCCUCCGUCCCUCAGCCAGGUCACCUGGGUUCUGAAUGUUCCAGAGCAGGGCAGCGUGGAGCUGAGCUCACCUCAGGGCAGCUUGCAUCAGUCAGUACCUGGGGUGCAGGAGUGUGACGGCCUGCAGUCUGUGCUGGUCUCUGCGGCCAAUGGCGUCAACGUUGGCCGUUUUUGCUCUGCUAGCAAAGGCAUCAUUCAGAAAGUUCAGAUCUCCUCAAACAUCACAGUUACUGCCACUGCAGAUGAGGAUAAGGACCUAAGACUAGAAAAAGCACCGAUCCUCAAUGUGUCCUUCAGUUCAGAGAUCACAGAUACCUUGAUCUACACCGUCUCGCCACUUAUCUCAACCCCCGCACUCCUCAUGACACCCAACUGGCCCGAGCCAAUGAAGCCGGACUCCACUUUGUCAUGGAUUGUAAAUGUUCCAGAGGAGUACAGUGCUCAGUUGAGCUUCAGCAAUGUCAGCUUGCCAGUGUGUAGUUCCAGUCACGCUGAAAUUAAAAUUCAGGAACGAGGCUCGAAUGUAGAGAUGGGCUUCAGGGAGGACCAGCUGUUGGUUAAUGAACACAACAUUUUGAGGAGCUUCAACCUCAACAUGUCCAACUGUGAACCUGAGCAAGGCAAAUUUGCUAUUCUCAGCAAGAUCUCCUUGCAGAAGCAGUCUGGAAAAGUGCUAAGCAUCAUUUUGGGUGUGGUUGGAGCACUGCUGGCUCUCGUAAUCAUCCUUCUUAUUGUAGUUUGUGUGCUAGUAAGAAAAAAGAAGCAGAAGAUGACCAACAGGUCCUCCAUCUACAUUCCCAAAGGAGUUGCUUCUCUUCCUGGUGACGUCACUUUCCCAAAAACACGAGCUGACAACGAGUCCCAUGUGUACACCUCCAUUGAUGAGACCAUGGUGUACGGGCAUCUUCUGCAGCAGGACGGCGGCCCCGGACACUUCAACGGCCAUCAAGUGGAUAGCUAUCACCCCUUCACCAGCCCCAUGGACAAGACCAGUAAGGAUUCUGGAUAUGAUCAGAAUGUGGAGCGAGGACCUGACAGGGACAUGUACCGGCCUUUCUUGGCUCCAUCAGAAACCUUUAUCCCUUCCAGGCCUCGCACUCCACUGGGGCAUGUGGACUCACUGGAGUAUGAGGACCGCAGGAUGGUGGAUAACAUACUGUAUACGUUCAAAACCCCAGGUGAUGCGAAUCCAAUCCGUCUCUCUGCUGCAGAACCAGUGCUUCUGCCCGAGCCCGAGCCCGAGCCUGAGCCCGACUCCUCACUUGAACCUGAGCAGUUUGAUCAAGAAUAUGAUGAGGCCCUGUAGUACAGGGAAAAUGAACCAUGAGACUCAAGGGCUGAAAUAUUGGACUAGGAUCAGACAGUACAUUUGAUUUCUGAUGGGAAACUAUGAAAGAACCUGCUGCUCCUGAAGGUUAGAAAAGCAAGCAGCUUUUCACCUGCAUGACCUCCAACAGGCUGUCAAGAUGUGUGUGUGUGUGUGUACACCUACACACAGACACACACAGUUCUCUGUGCUUGUUUUAUGGACAUUUUAAAGAGAAACUAUGCAGAAUUUUCUGCUUCUGUAAAACCUGUUUUUAUUUGUGUAGUUUUUUUUUCCAAAUUAAAUCUGAGUAAAACUCUUUUUAAGUAAAAAUCUGCUUGUUCAUAAAUUCUCUUCUGUGCAAAUGAAAUGAGAUGUGUCAGGAUUUAGUUUUAUGUUUUGGGAAAUGUUUUAUUUGUUUGUUGUUUGUUUCUGAUUCAGACUUCAUCUCUAGUCAUGCUGAUUUAUUUUGUAAUGUUUCAUUGCUUUUCAUAUUUUUAAAUAAAUUUUAAGUCUUAAAGUAGACGCGUGAAACAGCACAUUUCCACUUUGUUUCCUUCUAUUAGACUUGAACUGCGUCAGUGUAAUAAACAUUUAAAGCCGCAUUUGUGUUCCAGAGAAGAUGAAAAAAACAGUCAUGAGCCUUUUUUCAGAACCUUGUUU